AGGAAAUGCUGUGGGAACUACAGCCGGGCUCUUUUUGUUUUUUUCGCUCUUCUCUCUUCUCCCCUCGCGUAGCUGAGAGGAAGGGCGGCACGAAGGAGAAGUAGGCAGCCCCAUGCGCCGGGCCGCGCCGCCGGGGCGCGGGGGCUGUGCGGGCCGGCGGUAGCGCGGCUCAGGCGCCAUGCCGGGCCCGCCGGGCUGGCUGGCGCUGCUCUGCCUGGCCGCCGCGGGACGCCCGCAGUUGUCACUACAAAGCACUCUGCCAUGUGACAGUGAACAACACUAUGAAUACUCUGGACGGUGCUGCAAGAAAUGUGAGCCAGGAAAGUAUAUGUCUGCUAAAUGCACUGAGACUUCUGACAGUGUGUGCCAGCCAUGUGGCCCCAAUGAGUAUAUGGAUGUCUGGAACGAAGAAGACAAAUGCUUGCUACAUAAAAUAUGUGAUCAAGGGAAGGCUUUGAAAGAGGUGAACCCAGGAAACAGCACGUUCCAGCGGCAGUGUGCCUGUACCACAGGUUACCACUGGAACGAGGACUGUGACUGCUGUCAGCGAAACACCAUUUGUCCUGCAGGGUUUGGAAUUGGGCAUCCUGUGCAACAAGAUAAGGACACAGACUGUAUGCCAUGUCCCAGAGGCUACUUCUCAGAGGUUGCUUCAUCCACUGAUGAGUGUAAAUCCUGGACCAACUGUUCAGCUCUGGGAUUGGCAGAAAUAGUCCCUGGGACUGAUAAAUCGGAUGCAGUUUGUACAAAGCAGAAGAUGGCUGAGCAACCAGAAUAUGGAACAAACAAGAUCUUGUAUGUGUUGAUUGUCAUCUUGUUUUUUGUGGCACUAAUUGGCAUUGUCAUCUUCAUCGUAUACUACAAGAAUAAGGGGAAGAAGCUGACAGCAGAUCUACAGAAUUGGGCUAACGAGGUGUGCAGCCAAAUGAAAGGAACAAAGGAGCCAUCCAGAGAUGCCUACGUUACUGUAAAUAUAACGAACAGCACCGUCCCGCGGCUCUCCGAAGACGUGCGUCUCCUGGGCCCUGCUGGCUCCCCUGCCCCCGGGAGCUCGCCCUGUGCUCAGCCCACGUGCAGGCACGGCAGCCCAGGCACGGCACCCUGCAGGGCUGGGGGAACCUUCCAGGAGAUCUCCGUGGGGACUGAGACCGAUGAUGACCAUUUCUCCCCCGUUCCCACAGAAGAUGAAUAUAUGGAUAAAGAUCUCAAUACUGCCGAUUAUUUACCUUUACUGAGUCAGCCUGACAGUAAAACUUUGUCACUGUUUUCAGAACCGGUGGAGAUAGGGGAGAACGAUAGCUUAAAUCAGUGCUUUUCAGGGAUCGGGAGCACAGAGGAUGUGUCCAUCCCUCGGGGCUCUGACCCUUCCUCUGGUGCAGAUGGUGUACAUGCCACCAUGGACAAAUACCUCCAGAAAUCUUGCCAGCAUUCCCAUGGUUGCCCAAAGGAAAUUGACAGCAAAGACACAGAUCGUUUCGCAAUGAACCGUGACUCAGAGAAGAUCUGUGUGAGAUGUGGCAUUUCAUACAAGGAGACUCCCAGAAAGGGGAGCAGACCCUGCUGUGCUGCAGUUGUUGGUGCCUCCACCUCCCCAGAAACUGGAUGCUACGCACAGUGCACCUGUGGCUUGAAUUUUCCCUCUGCUGGUCAGAGCCCUCUAGCAAGUGACCAUGGUAUGGAAGAUGUGUCUUCUGAUGGUACCAACACAAAGUACCAGAACACAAACAGAAGCACUUCAGGGACAAACAGCAGCACUUCAGACCUCCCUCCAGCAUCCGGAAAUGUGACUGGAAAUAGUAACUCCACAUUUAUUUCCAGCGGACAAGUAAUGAAUUUCAAGGGAGACAUCAUCGUCGUCUACCUUAGCCAGAACUCCCAGGAGGGAGCUGUGGCCUCUGGAGCAGCCGAGGAGAACGUCAGCAGCCCAGUGCAGGAGGAGAACGCCAGCCGCUGCGAGACCUUCGCCGGCAAUGCUCAGCACUACAAGGAGAAGUGCGCUGAGCUGCACGCCAACAUCCCUGUGGGCAGCGGCGGGACGCGGCACCACACAGCCCCAGUGCCAAGCCUGGCCCGACACAGCGAGGCCUCACCGCCCGUGCAAGAGGAGGGCAGGCUGGGGCACAGCUCGGAGAAGGUGUUGAACUGAUGUGAGACACCAUCCCACGAGGGGUCGUCCCCAGAUCCCGGUUGCUGGGACAGAUUUGUUUCUUCCGAGAGCGCUGCUGGCCCCGGGGUCCUCCAGGAGACUUGGGAUUGGGGGCCAGGCCCUGCGGGCUGCCUGUCUCCUCAACGGGGUGGCAAGUUCUCCAUGACUUUCCCAAACAGCAGCGAGGGACGGCUGAGGGAAACUCAGGCUGGGGGACUUGGCGAGAGGGAGGACGUGGAUCACCAGUAGUCGUCCCCUCCUGGAGAGGGGCAGCAUGCUGGAAGGGGCUCCAGACCAAGGUAUUUUUUUUUUACUGGGUGGGAAUUGCAGUAGCUCUGUAGGUGAUCCCUCUCACUGGGACUUGAGUCAUCCUCGAUACCUCCCAUGAGAGAAGGAAGCAAUGGCCACCUCUGCUGCUGAGCUUGGUGCCCACCUGGCAGGGCAGGGAUGGAGUAGGUUGCUUCAGCCCUUCUAUCAAAAUGUAGCAGGAGCUCCAGUCCUAAACCAGCACAACAGUCAAGAUCCUUGCCUGCCCCUUGCUAACUUGUGAGUGUGAGUUGGUAUAGCACUGCCUUGGGUUACAGUAACAGGCAAAUUAGCACUGAUAUGCCUUGAAAGUGCAUCAGAUUAAUCCUGAACAAGAAGCAUUUUUAUAGUUUUGAACCCUGAUUCACUGCCACCUUACUGCAUCUCCUCAGAGGAACACAAGCCCCUGCAGCUGAAGAUGAACGGCUAGCAGGUGAAGGAAGGAUCUAGGACAGCUAGCUGCAGACAUUUCCCAAGUGACAGGAGAGGGAGGGAUUGCCUGAAGAUGGAGAGUUUGCUGAGGGUCAGGCACAUGUUCCUUCAUCUGCCACAACAAAUUUGUCAUUCCCGUUGAUCUUUUCAUUUAUAAGCAGCGCUUUGUUUAGGCAGCGUGAAGCGAUUUCCAGAGCUCAGCCUGUCUGAGCUGAAAUCACUGUAACCACUGUCACACUUAGAGCUGUAGGACCGAGGGAUUGGAUUCAAAGAAUAAUAGCGAUUGUUAGUAGAGUCUCAGCUACUCAGGUGGCUUUGGUUCAGAUCCUGUAUCCUUCAGCCUCCUCCACCAGCCGCUGGGGAAAGGUGAAGGGAAAAGAGCCUCAGGGAACCCCCAAGAAGAAAUCAUGGUAUUUUUUACAUUUCCUGACCAGGGGUAAUUUUCUGAUGUUCUCCUUAUGCACAAGAGUUGCAGGAGCCUUUCUUCAGUCUGAACGCAUAGGAAGAUCCGUGCUUGUUUCCUGCCAGAGUGAAGGGAUCUCUGGUCAAGUGUAUUCUCAUCUGCUCUGACAAAAAAGAUCUCAGCAGGGAGGGCUCCUCUCUAGAAAGUUAUUAAAGCUGUUUGCAGUAGCACUGCUCUGAGGGUGAAGAGAACCCAUGAAGCUAACAGGGUGACCACUGUGUCAUGAUGAACUUCUCAUCCACAGAACAAAAGGAUGGCCUCAGCCUCCCUCAUCUCUCAGGAGAAUAAUUCUGCAUUAUUUGUAUAGCUGGGGUGGAAAGCUCAGCCUAGUUGUGCGAGACUCUCUUGGGUUGCUGGGGCAAGGGGUGUGUGACCAAUCCGAAUCCCUUUCACCUUUGUGUGGCCUUCAAGAAAGCAGGCCAUCUGACCUGAGGCUCAGCCAGGCAGGAAGGCUGUGCCAUUCAGUGAUGGCCAGUGCUACCUCUUCCUCUUUGAAGGAGGUGUGCAACUGGGGCUGUCUUAUCUGUGGUACUGAUUUGUCUCUCCUGCUGGAUCCUGUACCCACCUCACUGUAGCCUCUUCAGGCCUGCGUCUGUAUCCUCCAGGCACUGGUGCAGUGGGGACAAGGAAGCAGAACUGCACAUCAGGUUCAUGCCAGCUUGUGCAGAUCCUUUCCUGCUUCAGUUUUGUAGAUGUAUUUUUACAGAAAGCAUUCUUCUAGGGCACCACUCAGCCAGCCCAUUUACAGGACAGGAGGGACUGAAUUAGUGUGCUCAGCUCUGGGUGAACCAGCUGCACACAGGUCUGUCUCCUUCUCCAUCCUGUGGUCUCCGGGCACCACCAGGGAGCAGGCUCAAAAUCUUGGUGUCAGAGAAGACAAUGGGAAGUUUACUGUGCUGUUGUCGUCAGUGAGGGAUUUUUCCCUCACUGAAUUAUAGGAUUCUGGUUUUGAAAAUGGGAUCAGCAGCAGGCGUGAAGAAGAGGGUCAUUGGGAUCUCAGCACUGUGGCCGCUCCCGUAUGGGGAACACACCGAAAGGUCCAAUUCUUGGUCUUCCUCCGAAGCCUGUGUAAAAGUGAAGAAGCCAUAUCACAGUCAUCAGUGUGCUGCAUGCUGCCCAGGUCUCUGCCUGGCUGCUUAGAUGUGGACCCCAAAAGGGACUUCUGUACCUUCGUGACUUCACAUGUUGUCAGCUCGGAGCAAAGGCUGGUUUAACAUGUCUUUGUACAACAGGGCCUUGUGCAUUGGGCACUAACUUGGAGGCUUCUGGCUGCUAUUGUAAUACACAUAACUAAUGGUAAUAAAAAUCUUAAGGCCUAUUUGAGAAUGAGUGAAGAUUUGAAUUAACGGAGAGAAUCAAAUAUGUUAUUAUUUGCCCACACUCGUUUUUACAAAAAUAAAUCAUUAAUACAAAAACA